AUGGAAGAAAUGAAAAAGUGGAAUGAAACAACGUCAAUUCAAGUAACUGAAUUCGUUCUCCUGGGUAUCACAGAUCAUCCUGACCUGCAGAUCCCCCUUUUCUUUUUAUUCCUCAUCCUCUACCUGGCCAUAAUUAUGGGGAACCUGGGUCUGAUUAUCUUGACCAAGGUUGAUUCUCACCUGAAAACUCCCAUGUACUUUUUCCUCAGAAAUCUGGCAUUUAUUGAUCUUGGAUACUCCACAUCAAUUGGCCCCAAAAUGUUAGUUAAUUUUGUAGUGGAGAAAAAUACCAUUUCUUACAGUGCAUGUGCAACCCAGCUAGUUGUCUUUAUAACAUUAAUGGUAAAAGAACUUUUGAUGCUAACAGUGAUGGCCUACGACCGCUAUGUAGCCAUCUGUAAUCCUCUGCAGUACAUGGUCAUCAUGUCAGACAGAGUGUGCUGCCUUUUGGUUUCCAUCCCAUAUCUUUACAGCUUGUUUGAAGCACUGCUGAUUACAAUUAAGAUUUUUAAUUCAUCUUUUUGGAAAUCUAAUGUAAUUAGUCAUUUUUACUGUGAUAGUCUUCCCCUCUUAAGUAUUUUAUCUAGUGAUGCAAAGGAUGUAGAAUUAAUUCUUCUGAGCCUUUCUGCUUUUAAUUUAGUUUUCUCCCUGCUGAUUGUUCUUGUUUCAUAUGGACUCAUUCUUGUGGCCAUCCUCAGGAUGAACUCUGCUGAGGGCAGACGC